CUCGACUGUAUCUAGAAAAUCCCUUUCUAGAAGCUAAGAAAGGGUGAUGAGGCCGAUGCAGAUGGACUUCUUUGCCGAUAUGGAGGAGCAGGGAUCGACGGUGGCGAUGGACGUGGACGACGUAGACCCACUCGAGAUCUUCGGUGAGGGCGUCAUCAACGUCGACAACAAGCUUGCUGACGCUGAUUUCUUCAACAAUUUCGAGGACGAUUUCGAUGACUCCGACAUCAAUUGAUCCUCUUCUAUUCCCUAUUGCCACUGGCUAUGUACCUUUUCUUCUAUUCCCUAUUGCCACUGACUAUGUACCUUUUCUUUUCUU